AUGGACGAACAAGACAUUGAAAGUUAUUUAGUAAACUUCAAUCAUGGAAUGUCUGAUGAUCUGCCUAACUCAGGCAACACCUCAUCAUUUCUCUACACAUCUAACAAUAUCCUCUCGAACAGCGAUGACAUAUACAACGAGUUACAACAGAAACAGUGCUCGACUGAACUGGUAACCAAUGAUAUCACUCAACACGAUGAUGAUGAUGAAACUAGUCAAGAUGAUGAAAUUCAGACAGAAGAAAAUACAAUCCUACCUCCCCAACAGCAAGAUGCGAGUGGCGAAGCCAGUAAUUUUCAGACUGUGACGUUGGUGCCCUCUGAAAUCGAUCCAGACGGAGAGAUGAGGUACAUGCUAAUUGUCACUAACAACGAGAAUGACAAUGGUGGUGCAUAUGUUAAUGAUGAAAGUGCCCCCAAACAAAUCGUUCUUCCCCAAAAUGGUAUGUCUGUCUUUGACUUUGAUGAGGAUUGUAAUGCCAACAUCACAGCUAAUAAAAGCAAAAAUCAAACAAAAGACGACGGUGAAGAUGAGAAUGAGGAAGAGGAUGAUGAAGAUAAAGAGGAUGAUGAUGAAGAAGAUGACGAUGAUGAAGAAGAUGAUGAAGUUAUAAAAUUAUUAAAUGCUUCUGUAGAAAAGGUAUCUGGCCCAAUCUUGAAGUGUAAUUACUGCUCCUACAUGACGACGAAACGAUUUCAACUGAUCAGACAUUUGCGCUCGCACUCAGAUGACAGACCUUUCAAGUGUGAAUUCUGUGCCCUGGCAUUCAAAUCUCGAGUUACACUAAACAACCACACUAACACUCACAAAGGAGUGCGACCUAACAAGUGCAAGGAGUGUGAGGCCUGUUUCACGACCACUGGAGAACUAAUUAGGCACGUUAGGUACAGGCACACUUAUGAGAAACCACACAGGUGCACAGUCUGCAACUACGCCAGUGUCGAGUUGAGCAAACUUCGACGACACGUACGAUCCCACACAGGAGAACGACCCUACAAGUGCCCCGAGUGUCCUUACGCAAGCCCCGAUACGUUCAAACUUAAGAGACAUCUCAGAGUACAUACUGGGGAGCGCCCGUAUGUUUGCGACAUCUGCGAGAUGAGAUUCACGCAGAGUAACAGCCUCAAAUCACAUAGGCUUAUUCAUACCGGGGCUAGACCAAUCUUUCGCUGUGAACUCUGCCCGUCAACGUGCACUCGAAAGACUGACCUACGAAACCAUGUUCUUCGCAUUCACACAAGUGACAAACCUUUACUCUGCAAGAAGUGUGGAAAAAAUUUUCCUGAUCGAUACACAUACAAAGUAAUUUUAGCUUGUUGUUAA